GCCGAGCCAGCCAGAGCCGACGUCCAGAGGAACCUGGGGCUCCGGACGCCCGGACUGGCGGCCGAAAAUGACGUCUGACAAGUGACGGCUCUAACCUCCCGCGUUUUGUAUAUUUACACUGCAUUUUUAUCGCGGCGCCGACCGAGUAGGCGACCAUGGACGACGAUGCGGUCGCGCUGCAGAAUCUGGAGCAGCUGAUGACGGAGUUCUUCUGCCCGGAGACGACCAACGAGCGGAAGCGCACGAUCGAGCGCAGCUUCCAGGAGUUCGCCGGGCAGAUCGAUUCCUGGAAGCCCUGCCUGCACUUCCUGUCCUCCACGAGCAACCACUACGUCAGCAUGUUCGCCCUGUCCACCCUGGAGACGACCAUCAGCAGGCGGUGGCCCAUCCUCCCGUGGGAGGACAGGGCUCUCACGAGGUCCACCUUGUACACACUGUCGCUGGAGAGGGACGUCGCGUCCUUUGUCAGGAACAAAGUGGUGAAACUGGUGGUGGACAUAGCGAGACACGACUGGCCGCACUUCUAUCCGGACUUUUACUCCAACAUCUUGCAGCUGUUGGACCACAAGCACACGAGACUGCUGGGACUUGUAUACUUGAGAACAGCCUCGGAGGAGCUGGCCACGCCGCGAGAGGAUCUGCCGAUGCUCAGGAAAAACGAGCUGUUCAAGCUGCUGAGCGCCCAAGUGCCUCGGACUCUGAAUACGCUUGCAGUGCUUCUGAAAGAAACCACGAAAUUGCAAAGCCGCUCUGGGACCGUGACGCCACCUCCGUCGCCCACCAGUGGACAGAGUCUCGCACCCGCGCGAGCAGUACUGGACGUCGAGGGACUGGCGACGGGCACUAGUGAAGUUUGCACAGCUACUCUCGACGUUCUGGCGCACCUGUUCAGCUGGAUAGACGUGUCGAGCAACAUCUCGACUAACUUGUUAGAUGCCAUUUUCUCAUGUGCCAAAUAUCACGACGCGAUGAAUGGCAAGCAGAUCGAGACGGCCGUUCAAGCACUGACCACGAUCAACGAGCUUUUGUACAGACCGCUCUGCUCGCCCGACGCGACCGACACGUUGUUGCUGGAGAUAUUUCAGAAUGGCGUUGGCUUAUUUCAGCUGGUGGAGCGUCUGGACUCGGUGGAGGAGAGCUAUAUGGAAAAAAUGACGGAGUUCCUGCAAUUGUUUAUAACGAAUCACAUGAAAAGGAUGGAGUCGAGCUCAAAGUUUCCAGUGAAUACGUUACUGGAAGUGCUGUGCCAUCAUACAUUCCAGCAAGCUUCUACUGUGAACGGAUAUCUGCGUUGUCUGGACGUUUGGACCACUCUUCUGGAGAGCACCCAGUCGCGAUACUCCGACGUCGCCCUGGCCCUCGCCGAACGGAUCUUACAAAAGAUGAGUUUCAAACUGAACGCUCGGGUAUUGAGAGACCUCGACACGGAGAGUUUGGACGAGAAUGAAGAAACGGAGUGGCAGCAUUUUUUAAGAUGCAACAUAGAAUGUUUGGCAAAGAUCGCUGACAUUUCGCCCAUCCCGAUAUUUACGCUACUGUACCGUUCGUGGAGGGAAGGAUUAAUAAUUUUUGGCGAAUUAGGCGCGGCAGUCGCCAAUGGGCGUGUUAUUUUGUUAAACGAUGCAGAGGCAUCGAAUGUGCAUGCACAUCUGAGAGAUCUAGCAUCGACUACGCAAGCUUUAACCAGGCUAUAUUCCCUCUUCAUCGGUGAUCAAACAAACGUUGACCAGGGCGUAGCCGAAGAAGUUGUGUCGCAGACUCUGGAGGCGUGUAUGUUUGCGAGAGAUAAUCAGCUGUACAAAGCAGCGAUUCAACCAGCCGCUAUCGUGAUAGAUCUCAUAGAAGUACAUUCACAGCUUUUGGCUUCUCUUCAAGCGUGGUGUCAUUGGAUAGCCAGAAGACCGGAGAAGAUUAAGGAGACACUCUGUCAGCGUUGCAUCGACUCGUGUAUUUGGGCAACGACGUACACCGCGUCCUGCGAUCAUCCGCCUCCUUCGAAUCUCAUCCACUCUGCCAUUCAUCUUUUCCAAAGUAUCGCCGCCAUUUUAAAGCCUAUCUUGUGGGACCAACCGACCUUCAGGAAUCUAAUUUCCAUGGGCACGUAUCCGUAUUUGAAAUCGGACACGAUUAAAGUUCUACGUAGGGCAUUGAUAAACGGGAUUAUAUUACCACCUGGUGACGCAGCGACGAGGCAAAGGUUGUUGGGUACUAUGAUAUUAGCUCUGUCAGCGCCUCUGGGUGUGCAAGGACAACCAGUGCCUUCAGAGUCGACAAUUUCGAUUACGAUAAUGCCACUGACUCAGUUGCUGGAAGAUUGCGCGUCAUCAUCGACGACUAUAAAGAAGAUGUUGCAUUCGUGUCUAGAGUCGAUCAUAAACAGGACGUUAGAAUUAUUGUCUUGUGUGAUAAGGUGCCAGAGUAUAUGCGAAUUGUUACUUAGCUUUCUACAUUCUGCAUUUUCAGUAUUACAACAACAGCUAGGUCCUGAAUUUAUGCAAAACGCAGUUCAAGGCAUGCUGCAACUUUAUACCAGGGAAAAUAUUUCUGCUGGUCCGGCGUUGGAUCAGUUGCUGGAAAUUUUGAUACUUGUUGUAUCAGCACCCAGUAGUGCAUUCAAAGCAUUUGUUCCCUCGGUAACGAAUCUGUGUUUGGGCCAGGUAUGGCCUGCCAUCGGAAGCAACCUAAGCGCUCACCCGGACACGACGUUAGUUUUACUGAAGCUCUUUCACAGUAUUCUUAUGCAUCGGUGGCAGUAUUUCUACAAUACAUCGAUAUUGCGGACUCUUGGACAUCCCGAAGAAGACGAACCUGUCGAGCACAAAGAAGAAUUGGUGGCAAUCUUGGAGGCUUUUGGCCAAGCUCUACUUCAAUCAGACGUCAAUAUAUUCCGACAGAGCUUGCAGAGCCUCGAACAAUUAAAUAUCAGAUGGCGACUUUAUCAGCGAGCCGUAUUCAAGGUUUAUCUUCUUGAGAGAUUUCUAAUGGCGCUGUUCACAGUUUUAUUUCAACAAUCCCACAACUUGUUGGCAGACGAGAUAGCUGCGGCUGUUUAUAGUUUAGCAUCUGUUAACAUAGAGUGGUUUUUUGGCCACUUUUUGCCAACAUUCUUGGCAACUUGUGAGGGCGUGGACGAUAUGCAGAGAGCGACCUUGCUAGAAAACUUUGAUAAAUCCACGGAUCAGCCAACUUUGACCAGAUCAGUGCUCCAACUCAUUUCAGAUUUAAGAUGUUACCAGCUGUGUAGACCGGGUUGACGCACGUGUUGUCACUUGACAGGGGAUUCACGACGAAAUUAUUCCAUAAGACGUCUACAGUGGCAUUUAAAUGAAAUUAACAUUUCCAUCGAAUCUCUCAUACGAGUGCCUCUAAAUACAAAUACAAGAGACAUUAACCGUAACGAAAAAAGACAAACCUUUUGUAAACAUUUACCAUUCUGUGUAUACCACUGCCGCACCAUCCUCUUGUGAUGUUGUAAAUGUUAUUAUUGCGAAUAAAACGCGUCUUUUUAUAUAUCUA